UCAAGAUUGAAUGUACUGUGGCUUCUGGUUUUGAGACUAUCUUGAAUGUAUUAGUUAAGUAACGGCGGAUGUGUGUUCUUGUUGGAGAUCGAUCUGAGACCCGUAAUUUUGCUUUUGAGUUGGGAAUAGGAAACCCUUGAGUGGGAGAGAAUCAUGGCGUCGUACAGGUCGUUCCCUCCCCAAUCUUCGUUCGUUCCGCCGAGUCAGAACCCUCUACCUCCACCGCCAGGUCCGCCACCGCCGAGGCCGAAUCAGUACCCUCAAAAUCGAUCUGGUCCUCCUCCUUCUUCUUAUACACCAAAUUACAGCCAAACUAACCCCAAUACGAACUUCCAUCAUGGUGGAUACGGAUCUUCUUCUCAGCAUUAUGGCCCUCCGAGAGGUCAACCUUCUCUCCAUCACCACCAGCAGCAACCGCCACAACAACAACAGUACCAGUAUCAGGUUCCGCCUCCGCCACCGGCGCCACAGUCGUCGUAUCAGCCUCCGAUGCCGCCGGCUUCCUUGAACCCACAACCGCAGCCUCCGCCACCCCCAAUGUACUAUCCGUCUUCUCAAUAUCCUCCCCAGUACAACAACCAUUCAGUUCCUCCGCCCCCCAUGGCUCCACCACCACCGCCUCCUCCUUCGUCACCUCCACCAAAUUCAGCAGUUCCUCCUCCUCCUCCGCCGCUUCCCCCUCCCUCACUACCGCCACCACCACCUCCUUCGUCUGCCCCUCUAUCAAAUCAGGGUAAGGAGAGUGGACCAGACAGUCACGGGCACGACAGAGGGGCACCCAAGGACUCUAAUGCUGUUGGGUGGAGAGAAUCAGGGCAUGUGAAACAUGGGCUUCCUUCUAAACAGCAGCCAAAGGCUUCUGCUGCUCCUUCGGUUCCAGCAGGUAAACCGAGUGGGCCCGUUGAGAGGGUUGAGACGGAGGAAGAGAGGAGGUUGAGGAAGAAGAGGGAGUAUGAGAAGCAGAGGCAUGAGGAGAAGCAUAGGCAGCAGUUGAAGGAGUCUCAGAAUACUGUGUUGCAUAAGACGCAAAUGAUGUCUUCUGGGAUGAAGAGUCAUGGUUCUAUUGUGGGCUCUCGCAUGGGAGAGAGGAAAACCACUCCAUUUUUAAGUGGUGAAAGGAUUGAAAAUAGGUUAAAGAAGCCAACUACAUUUUUGUGCAAGUUGAAGUUCCGGAAUGAACUUUCAGAUCCAACAGCCCAGCCCAAGCUCUUGUCGUUGAACACUAAUAAAGAUCAGUACACCAAAUAUACUAUCACAUCAUUGGAGAAAAUGCACAAACCUAAACUUUUUGUUGAGCCAGAUCUCGGGAUACCACUUGACCUACUUGAAAUCAGUGUAUACAAUCCUCCCAGAAUAAGACCUCCCCUUGCUCCAGAAGAUGAAGAACUGUUACGUGAUGGUGAUUUAGUAACCCCUGUGAAACCAGAUGGAAUUAGAAGAAAAGAGCGGCCUACAGAUAAAGGUUUUUCUUGGCUUGUUAAGACACAAUAUAUUUCUCCUCUUAGCAUGGAUGCAGCAAAACAGUCCCUAACUGAAAAGCAAGCCAAAGAACUACGAGAGACAAGGGAUGGCCACAAUCUUUUGGAGAAUCUCAAUAACAGGGAAAAACAAAUCCAGGCAAUUGAAGCUUCAUUUGAGGCAUGCAAGUCACUUCCAGUGCAUGCAACCAAUAAGUCAUUGCAACCUGUUGAGAUUCUGCCACUUCUACCUGAUUUUGAUCGGUACAAAGAUCAGUUUGUCCUGGCGGCCUUUGAUAGUGAUCCUACAGCUGAUUCAGAAGUCUAUAAUAAGUUGGACAGAUCAGUCCGUGACGCCCAUGAAUCACAGGGAAUUAUGAAGAGUUUUGUGGGAAAUGGUUCUGAUCCGUCAAAGCCUGAAAAGUUUUUGGCAUAUAUGGUGCCUUCACCAGAUGAGAUAUCAAAGGAUUUGUAUGAUGAAAGUGAAGAUAUCUCAUAUAAUUGGGUUAGAGAAUACCAUUGGGAUGUAAGGGGUGAUGAUGCUGACGACCCAACAACAUAUCUUGUUACUUUUGAUGGAGAUGCAGCACGCUAUUUGUCUCUUCCCACAAAGCUUGUUUUAAGAAAAAAGAGGGCAAAAGAGGGAAGGUCCAGUGAUGAGGUUGAACAUUAUCCCAUACCUUCAAGAGUGACUGUUAGGCGGAGAUCCACCGUAGCUGCAAUUGAACUGAAAGAUCCAGGAGAUUAUGCAAGUUCCAAGGGUGAUAUUUCAGGCUCAAAGAGAGAAAGGUCGUCCAUUGAACAUGGGCUGGAAAUGCGGCACAAGGUUGCCCGUGUCCAAGACAUGGAACUCUCUAGCGGAGCAGAAGACGACAUGUCUGAUUGAUUGCCGAUGAUUUAAUACUGCUAAUUUCUGCCUUCCAUUGAAGGCUUUCUAAUUAGCCUUCCUGGUGGAAUGUUUGGAAAACGCUCGAGUUGGAUGCUGCUCUUACAGAAGGUCAAUGGUAAUCCAAUAUUCUUACAAUGUCAUUCACCA